GGGACGACGAUGCGUGCACGAUUAGCAGGAGCACUGCCUACGAGGUGCUCGACGGCCCCAAUACCUUCUCCUCGUCGCCGUCCGACCCCAUCAACUCGGUCAAGAUCACGCCCGCGAUCAACAAGACGAACUGGGAGCAGUGGGAGUUCGACGGCAUCUCCCACACGGGCAUCUCGCUCAUGAUGGUCAUGUUCUCGCGGGACUACUCGUUCUACUUCUUCGGCAAGGGCAACCUGCGCAUGGAGAUGUUCAUGACCACGCCGGACGGCAAGCACCACCAGGAGCUCCAGUAUCUCCAAGAGUCCCUCAUCCUCGACUGUCCCGGCUACACGUACGGCCUCUGGAACAGCUCGGGCAAGUCGUACUCGUUCUACACCACCAAGGACCUGAAGCAUACCAAGCUCGUCUUCGACUCGCCGGGGAUCCGCGGCACGUAUAAGCUGUCGGCCACCACGCCUCCCGUCCACGCAGACGGCUCGAACCCCGAUCCGGAGGCCGGCAAGAACAGAGUCGACGCGGCCCAGCUGUCGCCCGAUCUGUACUACAGCGUCCCCGUAGCUGGCGGCCAGGUCGAGAUGGACGCCGUCCUGGGGUCUGGGAAGAAGCUCUCCUUCAGCGGCCGGGGCGGCUCUGCCAGGCUCUGGGCCAAGCAAGGCUGGCUCGGACUCAGCGAGAGCUGGGUCGCCCUCCGAGCCUGGGCAGGGCCCUACACCAUCGCCUACUGGCACGUCGUGUCCCGCGUGGGCGCCGACAGGUACAAGAAGUUCGUCUCGGGCCACCUGUUCUACAACGACGAGCUGCUGGUCGGCUCGCGCGUCGGGAACGUCUCCAAGGCCGACGACUACGUCUGCGACGUGUACAACGAGGACGGCGAGGUCUCGGGCACGUACCACGACAAGAACACGGGAGCCGUCUUCGAGUUCGCCUCGCCGGCCCGGGACAAGAAGUGGCGGUUCGAGACACAGCAUACCAUGAUGUGGUACGAGCUGGGCGUCGGCGAAGGGCUCGGCAUGAGCGACUUUGCGGAUCGUGUCGUCGGCGGCGAGGUCGGCGGGCCGCAGUACGAGGGGCGCGGCUUGACGGAGCAGGCCAAGUUCCCGGAACACAUUCCUCAGUGGGCCAUCUUCCUCUUGUAUGGCGUUGGGUUCUUGGGGAGCGGGAAGGACUACGUCGUCAACUUUGUCGGCUACUGGUUGCCCUCCUGGUAAUGUCAACUUUGUCACCUCCUAGUUGCCCUCUUGGUUGGGAAUGGGGCAAAAACCCUCUCAGUACCGAGGGGAGUGAGGCACAAUGGCUGAUGACGGACGGAUCAUCACAAGGGAUUGGGGUCAUUUUGUCGGGCGACGCUGGG